CUGUCAAGCGCGUAAGAAGUGAGUGCUAGUUGCAGCAGCCAGUUCAAAAUGUAUAAAAGCAAUGAAUUCAUCAGAAAUCAAGAUGUGACAUCACCCCCACCGUACUCCAAAGUAGAAGAUGCGAUUAACAGUCAACCUGGUCAAUAUGCCGCUCCAAUGCAGCAGCAGCCACAGGAGGUUGUCUAUCCAUUCGGGUUGGAUCACCUGGCCGCAACGGAAAGGAUCAGGUUCAAACAGCAGAUACAAGUAGUGCAGCUGGUUUGUGGCAUCGAUAUGCCUAUUAAUUUCGAAUUGAUCAACGAGAACGAUCAGAUUAUCUACCUGAUCCGGGAGCAGGAGAAUAUAUGCGUGAGAAACUGCAUCCCUCAGGGGUUUCGAACCGAGUCCGAUAUGGUCAAGACGAACGGUUUGCUAGCACUCCGGUUCAGCAGAGAGACGCGAUGCGUGAUGAACUGUUGCAUGCCGUGUUGCUGUUUUGCACUGCCAUUCAGUAGAGAGCGAUUGACCAUUUCCGGUGGAACCGGAGAGGUUUAUGGAACUGUUCAGCAUGACUGGUCUUCUUGGAGAUCGCGGUUCAGCGUUUUAAAUAAGGAGGGUAGCGUAAUAAUGAAGAUUGAAGGCCCGGGAUGCAACUUUGGAUUUUUUGGGGACUUGCAUUACAAAAUUGUUUCUCUGGAUGGCGUGGAGAUUGGAAGUAUCGUCAAACAUUGGAGCGGAUUAGUCUGUGAAGCAGUAGGGGACUUUGAAGAGUUCACUCUCAACUUUCCACGUGAUUUGGACACUUUUGUGAAGGCCACACUGAUUGGAGCGGUUAAAUUGAUUAACUUUCUCUUCUUCCAAGGAUCUAUACGAAGGUUAAUCGUGGGCAUUACUUGUGCCCCUCUGUAUGUUUAUAGAACACAACCACAGUGAGUCAUAGGGACGUAACAUUUCCUUCAAUCUCAGGCGAUUUGAAUA